AUCCUACAACUUGGAUUGUUUAUCCUCGAUUCUCAGACCCUUUCUAAGGACCCACAGACAUGACAACUUCUUGGAAAUGGUCGCAAGAUGGGGUGUUUGUUUGAGCUCAACUAUCUGCAUAUUCCUGAUCAUAAAAUGGAUGCACCAUCAUUUCUAAAUGAUCAAUUCAUCCAAACCCUGCUUUGUGCUAUUGAAUUAGAGUUCUUGAAAAUUCCAUACCAACAAAUCUUCCAAGCCUGUGCUGUUACUAGCAUUUCUCCUCUUCAUUUAUGGCACUCACGGUUUGGACAUACCUCAGUCGAGCGAUUUUGGGGUGAAGCUGCUCUUACAACAGUUUAUCUCGUUAAUCGGAUUCCAUCCUCAGUGAUCAACAAUAAGUCUCCAUAUGAAUGUUUACAUGGUAUUCCUCCUACUUAUGAUCUUCUUAAGGUAUCAUCCUUGGAUCAACCUCCAUUUUUCAUUAAUCCUUCUGUUGAGCUAUUCCCUAGUGAUUCUGAUGCAGGUACAUCUAAUGAGCUCUAUAAUGCCUCACCACAUGCUCCAAUUGGUUCUACAGAAGAUGAUUUACUUGUUGGUAAUGCAUUAGAUAAUUUUGAGCCUUCCUCGACUUCCUCAUCUACAUCACCUAUUGAUGUUGCAUUUGAUAUUAUUGAGUCUCCAAAUGAGCUUGUUGUCCAUCCUUGAGUCAUCCUACUCGGGUAAGAAACCUUCAUUAUGCAG